CCUUUCUGGGGACACCAACCUUUGAUGUCGCCAGCCAUCCUUGAGCAAGGCAGCCUCAGUAUCACCUAAAUAAAAGGGGAUAAGAGUGGUAAUGUGCCAGACACAAUGGCAGGACUGUGGAAGGCCUUUGUAUUGGUGGUGGCCUUGGCUGUGGUAGCCUGUGAGGCCCGUCGCCGCCUACAGAGUUAUGAUGAUAUUGUUGACCUGGCCGUAGAGACUUACAACAAAGGGCAGCGAGGAAAGCCCCUCUUCCGUCUGCUAAAUGUCACCGUGCCGUCUAGUCAGAAUCCGACGAGCAAUAUGCCACUCGAGUUCGUCAUUAAGGAGACAAUGUGCAUCGCCGCGCCGGGGACACGGCCUGAGGACUGCGACUUCCUGGAGGAUGGGGAGGAGCGGAACUGCAUAGGGGAAUUCUUCACAAGGCGGAAGUCAACCUCCUUGACCUUGACCUGCGACAGGGACUGCAGAAGAGAGGGUGCCCAGGUGAGCAGUUUUGCUGAUUACGUUGCCUCAAAAGAGGAGGACAAGUUCAAAGGUCUUCCCCCUAGGGUCAGGGACAUUUAUGAAAACGCCAAGUAUGACAUCAUCGGCAAUAUCCUGCGUAAUUUCUAAGUCUGGCAGAAGGAGAGGAGGCUCUGCCUGCCUACUGUGACCUUCCUCUACCUCCCUCUGCUG